AUGUCGGAGGCGUUGCCCGAUCCCUCUACCCUUCUUCAACCCCCCAGCAAGACCACUGAGAUGGAGGACCCUGGAGCUGAGGACAAUGGUAUGUUCUCCAAGAUUUCCUACGUCACUUUCCUUGGAGGGAGGCUAAUUCGUGAUCUUACUUCAGCAGCUUCAGACAGCGACGAGGACCACUUUUCAGAUGCCAGCGAAGGCCAUGCAAAUUUACAACCAAAAAGCCCACAAUCCGGUCGCGCGUCCCCUGUCCCACGAACUCGAGUAGAGCGGGUCGACGACAGCCUUCAACACGGCGAAGUGCCUGGCACAGAGGCCUAUGAGAAACGAGGACAGGAUGCGGUUCCCGACGAAAUUGAAGUGAUCCCAGAAGGUUCACACCGCAGGGAUCCUCCCCCGGCGGGGUCGCAGGACCGACCCUCGACCCCAGGCGGCUCGCCAAUACCGCGGACAAUAGUCGAAAAAGUAGACCCGGAGUCGCCUAGCCAUGGCGAGAUCCCUGGCACAGAGGCAUAUGAAAAGCGCGAAGCAGAUGCCGUGCCUGAUAUUGUGACGAGGGCCUCCGACUCGGACAGCUCUCUGCCGCCACCAGCUGCGGAUCGUGAAUCCCCAGACUCCAAUGCCUCAAAUCAACCCGUUCCUGAGACACGAAUUUCUCGAGUGGACACUUUACCCGCUGAAGAUGAGCUGCCAUCACGGCCACGUGCUCAUCAAAGAUCCCCAAGUGAUGCAAUGCCUGAUUCGGUGGAAUCUCUAAACGCCGACCCUCCCACCCCACCAGAUCAUGCAGUCGAAGACGACACUAUUGAAGGGGGAGAUGACGAUGAGGGCUUCGGAGACGACUUUGAUGAGUUUGUUGAGGAGCAGGGUGAUAUGGGUGAUGAUGACUUCGGAGACUUCGACGACGGCUUCCAAGAGCCUGAGGUUGUUGAGGACGCCGCUACAGCUGGCACGACCUCCCCUCAGCAACCUCAAGCACCUAUCUCAGUUCCCCCUCUUACCAACUUCGACGACUUCAAAUCCACCUCUGAGCUCCUCACUGCCCUCCAAAGCACCCUAGACAACCUCCUCCCCAGCUCCCAAGAACUGGACUCUCUCCCACCCGUCGAACCCAUUCCUGACUCCUCGGCCAUAUUCAGCACGGAGCGCAGUCUCUCUCUAUGGUCCCAGCUCGUGGCGCCACCGCCCCUUCAACCACAAAACUGGGUCAAGUCUCGCAUCCGCCGCCUCUUCCUUGUCUCCCUCGGCGUUCCCGUCGACCUAGACGAGAUCCUCCCAGCAUCCAAACAAAAGAAGCUCAUCCUCCCCUCCAUCGACCUGGACAACUCAGGCCCUAACACCCUAUCCCACAACCAACUCCGCAAAGAGGGCGACGCUCAAAGCGAGACAACCACGACAGGGCAGGCCCCUACACGCUCAAAACCCACCCGUCGUGGCGCCGCUCCGCCGCCGCAAUUAGACCUCUCAUCCGUGCGCCGGCUGUGCGCGACCACCGAUGCCGCGCUCAGCGGCCUAACGGACACAGAGCUGACGCAGCACGUCUCGGAGUUGGAGCAGGUCACCCUGCGCGCCAGUGCAGUGUUGGAGUACUGGCUGAAGCGCCGGGACGGCUUGGUCGGCGAGAAGGAGGCGUUCGAGGGGGUCAUUGAGAAUCUUGUCAGUCAUGUCCGGCGAGUCAGGAAGUAA